AUGUCAGAAGUUUAUAGUAUUGAGCCCAAAACAUCUGGAAAAGUGAUUAUAUACACUAGUUUAGGUGAAUUAGAAGUUUUACUUUUUAGUAAUGAAUGUCCAAUAGCUUGUAAAAAUUUUAUUCAAUUAUGUUUAAAUAAUUAUUAUAAUAAAAAUAAAUUUUUUAGAAUUAUACCAAAAUUUUUAAUUCAAACUGGGGAUCAUACAAAUACAGGAUUACAUAAUGAAUAUGCUUUUAAAGAACCAUUUAAAAAUGAAUAUAAUAGUAGGCUAAAAUUUCUGUACACUGGUUGUUUAUCUUUUGCUAAUUUAAAUAUAGAUAAACCAUCUAAUGGUAGUCAAUUUUUUAUUACAUUAGAUAAGGUAGAAUAUUUAAAUAACAAAAGUACCUUGUUUGGAAAAGUAGCAAAACACAGUAUUUAUAAUUUAUUAAAAUUUAAUAAUAUAAAAACUAAUAAAAACGAUGAACCCAUAGAAGACAUUCCAUAUAUUGAAUAUAUAAAAAUUAUUGAAAAUCCGUUUCAUCAUUUAGUCCCAUAUACUAAUUAUGAAGAUAAUCUGAAAGACGAUAAACCAAAUACAAAAUCUGAAUCCUUAAAAAAAAAAGAAAAAAAACAACUAAAAUGUAAUUUACUAUCAUUUAAUUAUAAUAUCAGUGAGAAAGACGAAGGAUCUGAAAAUGAAGAGAUAAAUUUAGAAGAGAAAAGUGAGGAAGAGAAAAGUGAAGAAGAGAAAAGUGAGGAAGAGAAAAGUGAGGAAGAGAAAAAUGAAGAAGAGAAAAGUGAGGGAGAGAAAAAUGAAGAAGAGAAAAGUGAGGAAGAGAAAAGUGAAGAAGAGAAAAAUGAAGAAGAAAAAAAUGAAGAAGAGAAAAGUGAGGAAGAGAAAAGUGAAGAAGAGAAAAAUGAAGAAGAGAAAAGUGAGGGAGAGAAAAAUGAAGCUAAAAAAAGCAUACGUAAUAUUUCUGAAUCUGAAGUUAAAACUCAUAAAGAUAGUAAACCGAAUGAGUCUAACAAACAUAGUGAUAAUUUCAAAAAAGAGAUAAAUAAAAAAGAUGAAGAAUCAAAAACAGAAAAAAUGAAUAUAUUAAAAAAAAGAACCAAAUCUAUAGAAGAGUCUUUCACUAAGGAAAAUAAAAACCCCAAAAGAAUAAAAGAACUUGCUGAUUUAGAUGAAACUUAUUUAAAGAAUAUAAAAAAAUAUAAGAAAAUGUCUAAAAAGGAAAGAGAAAAAUUGUCUUUAAAGAAAUUAGAAGAGUUUGACAAUAGAUUAAAAAGUCUCUUUUUAGACAGCGAAAAAAAUGAUAAAUCUAUAAAGUGUGAUUGGUUAAAUACUAAUGGAUUAAAAUUUUAUGUAGAUUCUUCAAAUGCUUAUGAAUAUGAAGACAUUAAAAAAAAUGUAGUGGAUUCACUGGAAAAUGAAAAAAAAAGCACUUAUAACUCUGAAUUUAAUAUGAAAAAAUAUAUAAAACAGAAAAAUGAAAAUAAAGAACAUUUUAAAUAG